CUAGACCUCUCCUCGUCCUCCUCUUUCUCCUCCUCCUCCACACAAUAUCUACCUACUUCCACUACACUACAACCAACCAACCAACCAACCAAUCAAUCGACGGAGCGACCGAUUUGCCGACCUACAGAUUUCCCUGCCGCAAGGAACAAUGUGAAGAAGCAGCAGAAUGGCUUCUACCACCAAUCCCAAUUCGAAUUCUUACUCCUCUGAUGAGGACGACGAUGACCGCGAUGUCGAUGGAGGCGUUGUGGGCAAGGCGAGGGGCGGACUGCUUGUGCUUAGGGACCGCGCCCUCGCCCCGAUAACUCUGGCAACGUCGAAGCGCGCGCGCAGAGCCUACGUCGGCUCCGCCCUGCUGCUGCUCGCGGCCAUCGCGUUGGCUGUGCUGGCGGCUGUUGCUUAUGCCCUGUUUUAUUGCGCUUAUGUCCCGGUUAGGGGGGUGGGCGUUGAUGUGUGGCUGCAGUUUAGCCCCACGCAAGAACACCACCCUCACGGCAUAGCAGACAUAGGAAAGAAGCUGGUGUCGGGGCAAGCGUACGAUGUCAGAGUGGCAUUGACGCUACCGCCCACGACAGCGAACAAGGAGGCCGGGAACUUCAUGCUGGACCUCGCGCUGCUGGGGCCGGAGACGGGAACGCCCUUGAUGGACAAAGUGGUGGGUGCGGGGAGCGAGAGCGAGGCCGCUGCUCGUGAGAAGCAAGAGCCGGAGGUCCUGGCCCGCUCGCGCAGACCCGCUAUCCUGACUUUCUGCUCGCCGGGCGUCGAGCUCGUCCACAAGGCGCUCGAGAUGCCCUGGUAUGUUGUGGGGUGGCGGCGCGAGGCGGAGACGCUGAAGGUCGGCUUGAUGGAGGGCGUGGUGUUUGAACGCGGGUGGAGAAAUAUCCCGGUUAAGUUGAGGCUGGAGCUGCAGAGCGUGGAGCGCAUGCAGGUGUAUGGCGUAAGGGUCGAGUUUGAGGCGAGAUUGCGGGGGCUGAGAUACCUCAUGUACAACUUCCGCAUCUCGUCGUUCGUCGUCUUCACGAUUGCAUUCUGGUCCGUCGAGAUGACAUUCACGCUGCUGGCCUGGCUGGCACUGUCUCGUUUCUUCACGCUGGACACCACCGAUGCGCCGAAGCGCGAAAAAACCAAAAUCAAGAAAGAGGGGGCAAUCAAGACGGAGGACGAGAGCGCCGACGACGACGAAGCCGCCGACGACGACAACCUCUCCGACACGUCGCGCACGUUCCCCUCGUAUGCGCGGCAGCCGUCGCUGCGGUACUCGUCGCCGCGCGUCAAGAAGGAGGAGGCGGAGGAGGAGCCGACACCCCUAGAAGCGAUUCCAACGGCUAUGGAGGCGGAUGAUGAGGACGAGGACGCAGACUUCGUCAUUGAUGAGGCGGGCAGGCAUAUGGAUCGCGAUUCGGGGCUGGGGACGAGCAUGGAGAGCGGAGUGGAGCGGAGAGAGUCGGUUCGGCGGAGGAGGUCGGGCUUGUUUGGGUCUGGUGGGGGAAGGUAGGUAGGUAAGGUAGGCAGUGGAUGGGCUGUUUUGAUAUU